UCCGCUCACGCACGCGCGAGCCCUGCAGUUUCUUGUUCGGUUGGGCUGCGGACUGUACCAAAGAAACCCGGACAGCGAGGGGCAAAGCUUGGAACCCCCUGCCCGCGCCUCGUCGAUGGCACGACUCGGAUAGCCCCCAAUCACACUGUGAGCCAGGAAUGGUCCAUCUCGCCGCGCAAGCGCCCUAGGCUCUUCACGCCCCUCGCGCUCCCUCCUACUCCACUUGCAGCGCAGGCGCCGAGCCCGGGCGUGCAGCCGCCGCCGCUGCCGAGCCGGAGCGGGGGCCGCCCUCGCCGCAUCCCUCUACGUGCUGACAUCUUGCAUUAGAGAACUGUGGCCGAGGUGUGGCUUUGGAGAGCUGGCCGGGGAGGGACACUGCCCAGCUGCUGCUCUGCUUCUGUCUCCUGUCCCUGUCGCCUGGCCAUGACAGAGACCCGUGAGCCAGCUGAGACUGGGGGCUACGCCAGUUUGGAAGAAGAUGAUGAGGACCUCUCUCCAGGUCCCGAGCAUUCCUCUGACUCGGAAUACACACUCUCAGAGCCGGACUCCGAAGAAGAAGAAGAUGAGGAGGAGGAGGAAGAGGAGACCACUGACGACCCCGAAUAUGACCCUGGCUACAAGGUGAAGCAGCGCCUGGGCGGGGGCCGGGGUGGCCCUUCCCGCCGGGCCCCCCGUGCAGCUCAGGCCCCGGGCCCCCCAGCUCAGCCCUGCCAGCUCUGUGGCCGCUCACCUCUUGGGGAGGCCCCUCCAGGCACCCCACCCUGCCGGCUCUGCUGCCCUGCUACAGCCCCUCAGGAAGCGCCAGCCCCCGAAGGCAGGGUCCUCGGGGAGGAAAAGGAGUUGCCUCGGGCUGGGGAGGGCCGACCAGCUGGGCGGGAGGACGAGGAGGACGAGGACGAGGAGGGGACCUACCACUGCACGGAGUGUGAGGAUUCCUUCGACAACCUCGGGGAGCUGCAUGGGCACUUCAUGCUGCAUGCCCGGGGUGAGGUGUAGGCAGAGCCCCCCUGACCCAGGGAGCUUCCCAGAAGGGGUAGGGUGGGAGGAAGGGGCUGAGGAAAUUGGAGUGGUCACAGUGGUCAUGGGGGAUGGAGUACCGCCGACCUAUGUUGUCUUAGCCGUAGAUGUGUGAAGGCCAGAAUAAAAGCCAAAUUCUGUGUGUGUCA